GACCGGCUCCCGCUCUGAAAUCGCACACGCUGGAUUAGUCUCAGUCGGCAUUCAAUAAGAACCUCAAACUAUCAAUGAGGACCUGGAACAGACAACUGAUAAUGAAGAGCGCCUGUGUAAUCCCAGGGACGUCCCCCGUCUUUGUUCAAUUAGUCUUGUCAAUGUCACCAUCCUCUGUCAAUCUGCACGGCAUCGCACAGCGAUCAGGGCCAUCAUGUAUCUGCGCCUGAACUCUAUGGCAAACCCAGUCACACAUAUUCUAUUCGGCACUUCUCCUGAUGCCUUUUACAUCGGACAUGGAAGGAGACAUCACAUCCAAGGAAUGCCAGAGGGAUUCACGAAGCACGCCGCCGCGCUUCAUAUCGCGAUGACGCUGUGGAUCAGUAUGACUAGAGACAUGCAGCACUGGGUCCUCUUCAAUGUCGCGACAAAUCAAUUCUUCCACAACACCGACAUCCCGCCUGUGAUUCGUGAUCACCUCGGCGGCGCGGACGGCAAAGUUCCUGCCGACUUCCUCACGUUCUCAGACGACCCGGACCCCGCCCAUUUCUUUCUCAAAGGCAAACGGCACGCUUCAUGGAGCGCCACGCUGGACGACUCGCUUAUUCAAGAGAUUCUGGCUCAGAAACGCCGUGUUCAGGGAUUCGACGCGAGUGUGCAGGGCGUUUUGUUUGGCAAGGGACGGACCAGUCUGACGAUGCUGCCGGGCGGUUUCAUCGCUCGUUUGGACGGGGAUGCCCUAGAUCCAGGCCACAUUCUUAACAAAACACUGACCGAAUUCCAAACUGGAUGGGCAAUCGAACGGGGCUCGACACUGUGUUUCUACGAUCACGCGUACUUCUUCCUCAAGUUCAAGCAGCAGCACGGCACGACAGUGCAAAUGCGCUGGAACAUGCCACCACAUAUGAUGCAAAUCCUCGCUGAGCUGCGGGAGGUCACAAUGGGUGUCGAGGAACAGAACCUCCUGAUGCAAGACGACGAGGUGGCGAUGGGUAGAGCUCGGACCCGAAUGGAACAAUCGAUGAGAGGCAAUCGAUGAGAGGCACUAGCAUGCUUGCAAACAUCGGGAUUCAAGGGGCAAUUAACAUCAACGCCGCUGCGUCUGGUGGGCACGUAGUGAGUAGAUACCGCUAGUACGUGUAAAAAUGGAGAAAACACAAGAUUCCGCUCGGGCUCGAACAGGAGGCGGG